UUUAUUCUGUUGAUCAUGGAUAUUCGCAUUGAAAUGAAGCUUGACUAUGAGAAAGGAGGACGUGAUUGGACCAAGAUGACCAGAUCAUCUCCAGGUGAUUGGAAUAAAAAUUUGGAAACUAUAGUACAGUGGUCUCCUUAUUCAAGUGAAGCAGAUCUUUUUAAGCAGUUUAAUCACAUGAAAGAUCAAGGGACACGUAUUAUCAUAUUCAAUCUCUGGGAGGAUGACCAAGGGGAGCUGGAACUUGAUUUUGACACUGAUCAGCAUGACAUUCAGAUGAGAGGCGUCAAUCGUGAUGAGAAGAAGAUAGAAAUGGCAAAACAUUUCCCGAACUCCAAGCAUUUCCUGACAUAUCGACAUUCAUUGAGGAGUUAUGCAUCAAUACUCUAUCUCAGACUUCCGCCUGGCUUCAGAAUCAUUCUGCGUGGGAAAGAUGUUGAGCAUCACAACAUAGUGAAUGAUAUGAUGUUAAGACAAGAGGUUACAUACAGGCCGCAACUUGUUGAUGGGGCUCCAAAGGAUUCAAAUAUGGUUGCAGUUGUGAAAAUUGGGUUUGUUAAGGAUGCGAAAGAACACAUUGAUGUGCAAGGUUUCAAUGUUUAUCACAAGAAUCGACUUAUUAAGCCAUUCUGGAGAGUUUGGAAUGCUGCUGGCAGUGAUGGUCGGGGAGUCAUAGGUGUUCUGGAAGCCAAUUUUGUUGAACCAGCUCAUGAUAAGCAGGGGUUUGAGCGUACUACUGUGCUUUCAAGACUUGAGACACGACUGAAAGAGAUGCAAAAGGACUACUGGUGUAACUUCUGCCACCAAGUAGGCUAUGCCCCCAGGCGUAAUAAGAGACUUUUAAAUGAAUCUGCAGCAAGAGAGACUUCGCCUGAUUAUCUUCCUCAAUCAUCGUCUCGACACACUCAAAGCAAAGGGACUCCAAAUGCAGAUUCCAGUAAGUCACACUCAAAUCAUAAGCUUGUUGGAAGCAAAGAGCCUGAAAGAUCUUUUAAAGCGGUGGACCCGAAACUUGUGAAUGGGGAUAUCUACAGGAAGGGAGACAAAGGAACAAAAAUCUUUUCAAAACAUGGAAAGCAAUCAAGUUCUCCUGAAAAAUCUCCUGCUGAUGAUAGUUCUGGCCAUGAGAUACAAAGUACUCCUCUUAAGGAAGUCAUACAUGGCAGCAGUAAUAAGGCAUCCUCGGCUCAGAAAUCAUCCUUGAAAGAUGGCCGUGAGAUGCGAACUACUACUCUUGAGGGAGUCAUACAUGACAGCAAUAAUAAAGCAUCCUUGGCCCAGAAAUCAUCCUUGAAGGCUGGUUCUCAUACAACACAGUCCCUUUCUUCGUACUCAGAGAAUCGUGAAAAUGAGGGACAUCAUACACCUAGCAGAGAGAGAGGUCGAAUUUCUACUCGUUCACAGUCCAAGGUAGCUGAUGCUGCUUUUAAUGGAAAUGGACAUGCCACUUCUUCUUUCAGUGCAGGUAGUGUAAAUCAGUUGAGAGAAGACAACCGCACAUUAAAUGCCAGGCUAACAGAAAUGGAACGGGAUUUACAGUUUGAAAGAGACAGAUGUAAAUCACUAGAAGCUCAGGUUAAGGAGGUAGAGCAAAAGCUUGAGGCGGCAAACAGGGAGCAAGAAGCUCUGAUUGAUAUAUUUUCAGAAGAGAGGUGCCGACGAGACAACGAGGAAGAGAAAUUGCGGGAAAAAUUGAAGGAUGCUUCUAACACCAUACAGGAGUUGCUAGACAGGGUUGUGUCACUGGAGAAGACGAGGUGUCCUAGCUGCAAGCAUUAACGCUAAGAGCGUAGCCUUGAUCCAGUUAUUGAAACUGCCCGGUCGUCUUCACAAUUCUCAUGCUACUUUCACCAACCUGACUCAGAGCUGCAGAAAUUCAUUUAGCGCAACUAUAUCAUUCUCUAUAUGUUCUCUAGGAUUACUGUCUGCCCAAUUUUGUCAUAACUCUAUGUAGUGGUGGAUUCUUAUAUUGUAAUUAGACCUAGGGGAAGCGGACUGGUGAUAUUCUUUGUAGUCUUACGUAGCAGAAAUGAUGCUUGUGUACAGUUUCCAGUUAAUGUAAAGGAUGUUUAUUUUUAAUAGAAAUUUUUUCAUUGUUCCUGGA